GUUUUUCUUUUUCAUCUUUUAAAAGAAAAAUAUGGUUAACCUGAGCAGUUUGGGCAGUUAGUAAUAUUGUUAAUCCAACUGUAAGUCAAAAGAUGCCAACUGCUAAAGAAAUCCCAUCUCCAAAUCUCCAAUUCUUCCCCUCUCCCAACCUGUCAGAUGUGACUGAAGAGAUAUGGAUCGUCGCAGAGUGAGAUCGAUUUUCACAUCUCAAUUUUCAUUCUAUCAUAGGAAUAUGAUUCUCAUAGUUGGCAUUGUUCUAGCUGUUGCUGCUACAGCUACACUGUCUUUCUUUCAGUUUUCUAGGAGCCAGAAGAUCAGAUCUCCUCGAGUUCAAUCCACCAGAAGCAGUUGCCAUAUUCCUGCAAUUUUCAACUUUGGAGAUUCAAAUUCUGAUACUGGUAGCUCAUCUGCAGCUUUUGCUCGAGUUCGCCCUCCAAAUGGCAUGACUUUCUUUGGAAAACCUUCAGGCCGAGUCUCUGAUGGCCGCCUCAUCAUUGACUUCAUAGCUGAGAAACUGGGAUUGCCAUACUUGAGUGCAUUUCUGGAUUCCAUAGGAACCAAUUUCACACACGGUGCAAACUUUGCAGUGGGCGGAGCAACUAUUCAGCAAAGCAAUGCAAAGAUGUUUGGUGUAGGCUUCAGUCCUUUGUCUCUUGACAAACAGCUUUCCCAGUUUGAACAACUGAGAAUGCGCUCUGCAGAAUUUUCUGAACAAGCCAAGGACAAAGAUGUUAAAUGUAAGUUGCUGCCCGAAGAAGAUGAGUUUUCGAGGGGUCUGUAUACGAUGGAUAUGGGACAGAAUGACCUGCAUUAUUUGUUGACAUCCAUGACAGAAGAAGAAGCGAAAAAAUCCAUAAGUUCUGUCAUCGAUCAAUUUGCAGUGGCUGUAGAGAAACUCCACGAGCUAGGCGCGAGGGCGUUUUGGAUCCACAACACAGGCCCCAUUGGCUGCCUGCCUUUCUUAGCUCUCGUCGAAUCUCCAGCAAAACCAAAAGAUCAAAACGGGUGCGUGAAGGCUUACAACAACAUGGCUCAGGAGUUCAACAGACAACUUAAAGAACGAGUCUACAAACUCCGCCAUCACCUCCAGAACUCGACAAUCACCUACAUCGACAUCUACUCUGCUAAAUACGACCUGAUAAGCAACGCCACAGACUAUGGCUUUCGAAAUCCAUUGGGGUAUUGCUGUGGAAAAAUUAAUGUGUUAACAUGUUGGGCAGAUAUGACAGUGAAUGGCACUAAAGUUUUUGCAGAUAGUUGCAAUAACCCUUCAGAGUAUAUUAGCUGGGAUGGCAUUCAUUACACUGAAGCUGCAAAUAAAUGGGUGGCUAACCAUAUUGCUGAUGGCCUGUACUCUGACCCUCAAAUUAGUAUUAUUGGAGCUUGUGAUCUGUCUUAUAACUCUCAAAAUAAAACAUAAGCCAAGGGUGGGAAAACAUGAACACCGACUCUGCUGGGGAUCGAACCCAGAAUCUCUGGUUCCGUAGACCAGCGCCUUAUCCAUUGGGCCACAGAGUCAUGUGCAAA